GAACUUAGAAUGACAUGGAAAGUAGAUUUGUUCUUACUUGACAAGUAGUGAGGAGGGUUUUUUCUUGCCAAUGUUCAUGAGGUUGCUGAACUUCAAACCAGCUUUUCUUUACUGCAGACGAAAAGAGAAAGAAAGCAAUUUGUGACAUGAUUUUUUUUUUUUUUAAAACGUUUUUGCUUUCAAAUCCCUUUGCCACCUGUCAGAGUGUGUUCGGACCAGCUCCAUCAAUGAAACAAAGAUGGGAAUGACUCACCAUCUUUGUUUGCUGGAGUUUCAGCAUGGCUCCCUGUGCCAUGUAGCAUCUCUCACUCAGCUCCUCCUUUUCUUUGUAGACCACACUGCAGCCCAGCAGACUCACAUCCAGCAUUCAGCUCCUUGGAGCUCUUAUAGCACUGAGACGGUCGAAGCCCACGUUAACGUAGCGAUCCCACAAGUUCUGCUAAGGGCCCUCAGCUGAGCAGUUUAGCAUUUACUGUACUUUGUGUAAUCAUAUUUAUUCCAAAACUCAUGCUGUUCUGUCAUAAUAGUACCUUUAAUGUUGGUGCUAUCCACAUUGUUUUUAAAAAUACCUUAUAAUCCAUUUGUUAUUCAGCAGAGAGCAGAUAAUAGCCUUCUUCGUCAUAGAGAUAAAUGACGUCAGCCUGAUCCUUGUGAUGUUCUGAAGUGAUGUUUUUAAGAGAAAAGUGAGAAGUCUGAUAAUGCAGUAUUAAUUCAUCCGUGAAUAAUGAUUGUUAGGCUGAUCAGGUUCCAGAGAUGUUGCUAAAUGGUUCAGUGGGCCACUUCUCAAACCAGCGGGUCACCAGUUACUGGUUAAUUGAUGAAUAAAAAGCUUUUGAUGAUAGAGGCGCAAACCUAUCAAAUCACAGUCAGGCAAAAAUAAGUUAAACAUAAUCAUACAUUUCCUGGUCUGAAUCCAGAACAGUCUGCUUUCACAGCUAAUGUCUGAUCCAGUAAAAAAAAGAGCAAAUUAGAGACAUUAAAAGAACAGUGCAACAUUACAAGAAGUGGAAAAUUUCACUUUUUGCGAGUUGGGUUAGAAUACCACUCACACGUCUGCUACUUGCAAAUUAACUGAAACAGAAAUGCAGAGACAAUGAGUUACAGUCCGACAGAGUUAUGAGUUGUUAUUAGCCUGUUUCUUGGCUAACUGUUGAUUAAAUCACCUGUUUUCUAUGUAGCAUCGCUGCUGAUUGCCAGGCAACCUCAUUGGUUUAAGCAGCUGCAGCACAUAACUGCUCCUAAAACCACAAAUUGCUGCUUUACAUUAAAUCCUGACCACUGUAUGAGUUGCCCGAUAUCACAGAUAAGUCACGGAUAAAUCAUGGAUAAAUCAGUAUCUCUGUAUAUGUUGUCCAGUAUAUGAUGAUAUGAAAACUUUCUUUUACAGAACAUAAUACAGAAAAAGAUGCUUGGGGUAUUAUUGAGACUGUGCGAUCACUUGGUUCAUCCCACAAAACAGGUCAGACUCCAUUAUUUAUAACACUCAUUUAGACCUAUUAAUGUGUUUUAAUUCAUUUCAUGUAAUUUCCUAAAGAAACCAAGUAUUUUUUAAAACUCUUUGAAAACAUCAGUUUUACCAGCGGUAGUCACUAUAGGGCGCUGUUGUCAGCAAAAUUUAACAAGCUUUCCUCUCCGACAGUGGCUUCAAUUUAAUUUACUGGACAAAAGAUGAAAUAAACAUGUAAAUUCAUACCAAAAUAACACAUACCAUUGCUAACAGUCUUCCAUGCAGUCUGUAUUUUGGGACACAACCAGGGGAAAUUCUGUAAACUUUAGACACUAAUGCUCAACAGGACUAAGUGGUGGAAAUCCUAGACUCCACUGGUUGGUUUGUAUUUUCCUGAAUUUAACGAUGGCAUUUUGGGCACUUUUCUUUGAAUGAUUAAUGAAAUAUUUAGUGAUACUUGGUAGCAAGUGAAGCAUGAACAAAAGAGAAUGUACAGGCAGCAGUUUUAUUUGUGUUGGGGAGUCAUGGUAACAUCAUGUUGGUGGAUACAAGCAGCUGUUGACAGUGAAUCAAGAUGGAUGUCCAGCACCAGCAGCCAACUUUAAAUCAACUCCAGGAACGAGUUCAAGCUCUGACACAAGAAAAUUUACAUUUGCGUGACAAUAACGAACGUCUUUUCACCAAAGUGGGCUACCUGGAGAGCAGACUGGCCCACCUGGCCAGCUCCAACACAGACCUGUCCUGCAGGCUGGUCCAGAGCGAAGAGGAAAGACUGAAGAUAUCUAAGGAGCUUGUGGAAGAGAAAAUUCAGACUAACAAGAUGAGAGAGCAAUAUGAAGAAGAGACAUUUGAGCUGAAAAACAAGAUAUUGAACCAGGACGGUGUGAUAACUGAGCUUCAAAUGCAGCGAGACAAGUUGCUCCAGGAGCUCCAGUCGACUGAGGCUCGUCUGAAAGUGAAAGAGAAGAAUAACCAAGACUUGACAGAGGAGUACGCCACACUGAAGAAGAGCUACCUGGUUCUGAAUGAGGCCCAUGAUAAAGAGCUGGCCCAGAGUGAAGAGUUGAGUACAGAGCUGCUGGCCUUGGCUCGGGACCAGGACGCCCUCCGCAGGCAGCUGGAGGAGCAGCAGCAGAGUGUGAAGACCACCACCCAGGACCUUCAUGGGGAGCUGGACAGGGUGCGAGCUUUAAUCAGCCGUAUGUCACAUAACAGAGUCAAGCCUGAAGACCUAGCAGCACUGGACAAGGAGCAAAAAACUAUGGAAAAAGCUCUGCUUGGAAACCAAGAUGAGAUCAAAGAGAUGCUGGAGAAAAUGAAGAACAGCUACGAGGAGCAGCAGAAGAAACUGGAGGAGAAAGUGGUGGCAAUGAGUGAAGAGCAGCAGCAGAACAACAGAGCGAUGCAUGUUAGUCAGCAGAAACUGUCGGAGCAGAGUGCGGCCCUGGUGUGCUCUCAGAGCCAAAUGAAGGAGGUAGAAGAAGAGAACUCAAAGCUGCAGCUGCAGGUCAAAGAGCUGCAUGAGGAAUAUCGUGCAAGGCUGGUGUGUUAUUUACAGGACUUAGCUGACUACACUGAUGGGCUCAAAGACAGUAAAAGCCCCUCUGAGCAGAGUAAGACGAGGACAUUUGUGGACAGCAUGUUGCAGGAUGUCCGUUCGUCCUACAGGGCCAGAGAAGAGCAGCUCGCCUCCGCUGCUCGCUCCUAUAAGAAGAGGCUACAGAAGAUCACCAAAACUCAUCAUGCGCUUCUUAUUGCAUACAGGGUUCAGAGGGAUCAGAUUUUGACAAACUCAGAGAAUAGUCUGGACCCUGGACCUCCAGAAGCCAACUUCAGCCUGGAGCCCACUGAGCUGAGAGAUGAAACUGAGAAGGAGCUCCAGAAGCUUCGCCAGGACAAGGCGAGGCUGGAAGGUCAGCUGCAGAUGGCUGUUUCCAAAAUGCCUGUGCAAAAUUUAAGCCGUCCGGAGCAACCGGGGCAGAUAUGUGAAGAAUCCUGGCUGGACAUGAAGAAACAGCUGAGGGAGAUCACAGAUUCUACGCUGGUGGACUUUGAGAAGGAGCGUGCUCUUCUGGUCACCAGGGCAACAGUGGCAGAGGCACAAGUGAUGGAGUUGCAGGAUUAUGUCGACAACCACCUGAGCAGGUAUAAACAGGAGAUCACACAUCUCCACAGACUGCAUGGGAUGGAGGAGGCUGGGCGUUCUCAAAGUGCUCACUCAUCUCUCCAUUAAAAAGACUAGCAGGAAAAACAAAAGUGCUCAUGCACACAGUAGUAAAAGCAGACUUCCGUUUCAAAAAAGUUUUUUUUUCAAUGAGUUCUCCGCGUUUAUUUAACUGAAUAAGCCACUUGAGGCAUAUAAACCUUCCUGCGACUUAUUCUUUUCCACCGUCAGUAGGUGGUGCUGCUCAUGCUGAUGGUUUCCUCCAUGAAAAGCCCCCAAAGAAAUCUGGCCUUGAGAAAAAAAUGCCUGGAAUGUUUGUAAAGCUUAUGUCAAUUUCACGAGCCCGGGAGAAGAAAGCGAUGUGACAAUGAGGGGUCGCCCUGGUGAGAAUAAUGUCAUUACAUGUUACCCAGACACGUACACGCCCGUGAAUACUUUCCCCUCAAUGCGGCGCUGAGAGCUGAGAGGGCAAACAAACUGGGCUUUUUCCAGGAUGGAGGGUUCAUAUUUAUAACCUCAGUAAUGGCCUGAAUAGGCAACUAUUCCCUUUAAAUCCCUUUAACAGUGAAAUGGAAUGCAUUUUUGUUUCCUUGUGUGUGGUGGCAGGGGUCGGUGCCAUAGUUUGUAGCCGACGGAUCUUUGAUUGGAAUUCGGUUGGAAAGUGUUAAAAAAGAAAGGAAAUAUUGAAGUUAGGAUACUCUGGGGAAUGAUGGGAAAAAUAGAGGCGAUGUAAAGAGUCAUACGCAUGUCACCCCAAUUCCCUUUUCAUGGGGCAUGCCAGCCAUGGGAGGGAGAAAGGGGGAGGCAUGGGUGUGAAAGUUUGAGAGGAAUGGGAAGUGGGAUUUUGUUAGUAAUGUAUUACACUCCCAGGGCCCUGGGAAAAGGGGUGGUGGUGGGAGGGGGGGUGUUCGGCUUGGGUCGGUGCCAACAUAGUCACUGUGCCAAAAAAGCUUGGUGCUGCUGCAGGGGGACCACUCCUCUCACCGGCGGAUCUGUGGGAAAAAUCCAAAACCAGGUUGUUAUCUGCUGCUCGGUCACCAAACACUCAGCGGCGACGCCUCUGCACAAAUAAGAUGAGUAAAUAAAAUGCAGCGGAAACUGGAACAGUAUAAAAGCCCAGUAGUGUGGUGCAUCACAGCUGGUGCCCCGAGGCAAAGUGCCAACUUUUUUCCCCAAGUUUUGGGAAAAGUUGACUUGUUGGUAUGUGAAGAGCUAUUUAUCUGCCGUUUAUGCGGCUGCUGUGCUGUUAUAUUGUAAAUACUGAACAUGACAAGUGUUAGAUUAGACUCAAGUGGAUGUUAAAUAGUGAUUUUCUACCAUGAUGUUGUUUAAAUAGUAUGAAAAAGGGCCACAAAAAUGAGCAGCUGGUGAUAACAUCUGCAGAUACUUUAUUAUGAAACAACCAUCAGGCUGACUUCAGCGAAGUUACGAAAUGAUUGUGGUUUAUUACAAAAUGUUGGUUUGCUUAUUUAGAAAUCAUAAUCAUGGCAAUAAGUCUGUAUUGACUUUUCUCAACCAAAAUGGGGAUAAAAUAUGCUCCCGUGUCACUUAUUGUCCAGAUCUCCAAACCUACAUACAGUAGAUCAGUUUAUGUGACUCAGUAAUUGAGUGAUAAAAUGUUAAAUGUCCAUGUGGUGGAUGUCAGCUCAAAGUAAGUGUUAAAUGUAACAGUUCUUCAUGUGAUUGGUGUAAUUUAAAGCCAUUUGUAAUCUGUCUUCUCAAUCCAACCUAUUCAUAUUUAAAUGCUCUGUUUAUUCAUAAUGGAUUUAUUAUUUUAAUUAUUUGCAUUUUUAUAUUUUCAUCAUGUGUGCCAAAAUCUUUGGUUCAGUUUCUCAGUCAUCUAUAUAGUAAAUGAGGCCUCCAUAUCCCAGUGCAUUUUGAGUUUAAAUUGAGAUUGAACUAAUAUUUUUCUGAAAUAAUUUCACCUGAUCUAUCACACAAAAAGUGUCGGACAACUUCUGUAAUGCAAUCGCAACAUUUUAGACUUUAACCUCAGAAAUUAGAAUCAAAUACAGUGAACUUGUUUGUGUCACGUCAAAGCUAAACUUUUUAAACUACACAAAGGUGUGAUUUAUUUCAGAUGUAUUGCAAAGCAUCCUGUAAUAUUGUUUCUUCUUAAUAGAUUUAAUAAUUGUCCUUGAGUAGUUUACAUGCCAGGCUGUUGUCUUAGCAAAAAAUGCUUUAGUUUCUUUUUGGUUCUUCUUUUACACUAUCACAAAAAUGUAUGAUGCAUUUUUGUCAUUUGAAAUAGAAUCACUAUAACUAUAGGUUUGUUUUACCCAGUUUAUUUGGACAUUAAAGCUACUUAUAACACA